AUUCUAUCGCCAGUUAACCAUCUAUUCAGUAUACCUAUCAACCUAUCCCAAUCCCACGCGCGGUCUCAACACUCGAGAUGGACUUCAAGUUUAUACUAUUUUUUAUUCAAAUGACUGCAAUCGCUAAAGCACACCUGAUCAGAAUAAAAAACAACUGCUCGUUUACUGUAUGGCCCGGCAUACAAGGCGACCAGGAACACGAACAUCUCCUAAACGGCGGAUUUUCGUUGGACGGUUUCAAGACGCAUACGUUUAACACGCCUAGAAAUUGGACGGGCAGGAUUUGGGGUAGGACAAAUUGCGACAGUCAAGGAAAAUGUGAAACGGGUGAUUGCGGGAAAAAGAUCCACUGUAGCGGGGCCGGGGUUGUGCCGCCCGCAACUGUUGCUGAGAUGAAGUUCACCAGGUCCGACGGAUUGGACUUCUACCGCGUGUCGAUAUUGGAAGGCUACAACCUGCCGAUCAGGAUUGUACCAACAAGGUAUUUCACUUACACGAAAAAAGGCAAGUACGAUUGCAAACCGGCCGACUGUGUGCCCGACCUGAACAGCGCGUGCCCGUCCGAGCUGGCCGUCAGGGCGGCUGAUGGCUCUGGGGUGGUGGCGUGCCAUAGUGCCUGUUCGCAUUUCAACACAGACGCUUACUGCUGCCUUGGUGCCUACAACACCCAGUCGACUUGUAAAAUCAGCUCGUGGCCCCAAAACUAUAGUCCGGCAUUCUUUAAGAACGCAUGUCCGAACGCCCACGGUCACGCGUUCGACGCCUCGACCAGCUCGUUUACGUGUCGUGGUAAUGCGAUAACAAAGUACGACAUCAUAUUUUGCCCAUAUUAAACCCGUUCGGAUGGGUUUUGAGUUGGUGAUUUAUAACGAUCUUUAAAAAUUAUUAUAUAUACAUGAAUAAAUCUAUGUAAUAUAUAAAAAUAAAGGUAUUUAAAAAUGUAUAUAAAAUGAUAUUCCCAAAAACAGUGAUUUUCAUAUGUGUGAUAUUUUUAGAGCGUA